AUGAUUGGAGGAAACUGCACUGAUGUGGAAGAGUUUAUUCUUCUAGGAUUCACAGAUCAUGUAACCCUACAACAUGUGCUCUUUGCGAUAUUUUUAUUGAUUUAUAUUAUCACUCUUGUGGGGAAUAUUGGAAUCAUUGUGGUUGUGAAAAAUGAUUCUCACCUUCAAACCCCCAUGUAUUUCCUUCUGAGCAACUUAUCCUUCUUAGACCUUUGCUACUCAUCCGUUGUCACCCCAAAAAUGCUGAUGAAUUUCCUGGUACAGAAGAAAGUCAUCUCAUACACUGGAUGUUUCUUACAGCAAUACUUUUAUUGCUGUUUUGCAACUACUGAAUGCUACCUUGUGGCUGUGAUGGCAUAUGACCGAUACGUGGCCAUCUGCAACCCACUGAAAUAUACCACCACCAUGUCUAAAACUGUCUGCAUUCCAUUAGUGAUGUCCUGCUAUAUAGCUGGACUUCUGAAUUCAUCCGUACAAGUGGGAUUUCGUUUAAGAUUAACCUGCUGUCAUUCCAACAUCAUCAACCAUUUCUUCUGUGAUGGACCUCCUCUGACUCAUCUUUAUUGUUCUGACAUACAACUCGUUCAGAUUCUACUUUUUGCUUUUGUAGGAUUUAAUGAGGUUGCAACUACAUCCCUAGUGGUAAUCUCCUAUUGCUGUAUUAUUGUCACAGUCCUCCAAAUGCGUUCACUUGAAAGUAUUUACAAAGCAUUCUCUACCUGCUCUUCCCACCUGAUUGUGGUCUGCACUUUCUAUGGGACUGUUCUUUUCAUGUACCUGCGCCCCAGCUCCAGCUAUUCCUUGGAGCACGACAAGAUUGUAUCAGUCUUUUAUGUUGUGAUCAUUCCUAUGCUGAACCCCAUCAUAUAUAGUUUCAGGAAUAAAGAAGUUAGAAAUGCCAUGAAAAAAACAUUUCAAAGAAUAAUCACCUCCAGGUGA